UUUAACAUUAAAAUUCUUACCAGAAUAUAAGUCACAAUGAAAUACUUUUCAUUAAUUUUGUUCAAUAUUGUAUUCAUUGGCAUAACAUUAGUGGAAAGCCGUCGCGAAUGCAUAGCCAGUAAAGGGCACGACAGCCCGUACUGUGUCUGUAAUACCACUUAUUGCGAUGAUUUGGAUCCCAUUGUGAAACAACCGAAGGGAACGGUACUUGUGUUUGAGACCAACAAAAAGGGUGAUCGACUCAAACAAACAGAAUUGAAAGUCUCGACACAAUAUACAGAGACAGCGGACGAGAGUAUUGUUUUAACAAUCGAUAAGAACACUAAAUACCAGAAAAUCAUGGGUUUUGGCGGAGCUUUCACUGACGCGAGUGGUCUUAAUCUGAAGAGUUUGCCACAAGAAUUGGCCACAAAUGUGAUCAAGGACUAUUUCUCUGCCAAUGGUAUUGAGUAUAAUAUGUGUCGAGUGCCGAUCGCUGGCGCAGACUUCUCUCCGCGCGCCUAUACAUACAACGACCAAAAGGACGACUUCGAGCUCAAGACAUUCGCCCUCCAGAAGGAGGACUUUGACUACAAAAUCCCAUACAUAAAAAUGGCCCGAAAUAUGAGUUCCCAUUCGUUGAAUCUGUUUGCGAGUCCCUGGGCUUCGCCGGCGUGGAUGAAGACUAGCGGACAAAUAAAUAAAGGCGGAUUCCUGAUCGGUAAUCCGGGUACAAAAUAUUACAAAACAUGGGCUAACUACUUUGUUAAGUUCCUGGACGCCUAUAAAGCCAAUGGCAUUGAGUUUUGGGGAAUGACUGUAGAGAACGAACCGGGGGCUGGAUAUAAUCCGAACUAUGGAUUCAAUUGUUUGGGUUUUAACGAGACGAUGGAACGGGAUUUCGUGAAAUUGGAUCUGGGUCCCGCACUCAAAGCCGCAGGUUAUGGGAGGGAUAAACUCAAUCUUAUGGUAUUUGACGACAAUGGCAACAAAAUAAUCAAUUGGGCCGACGUUUGCUUUAACGACAAGGAAAUGGCUCAAUAUAUCAAUGGAAUUGCUUAUCACUGCUACGGGAAUGGAGCGGCAAAAUGGUGGGAUGUGUUGGAAACUGUUCAUCAGCGACACCCUGAUCAGUUUGUCAUAUCGAGUGAAUGUUGCCAAGAAUUUAAAAUUUUAAAACCGGGAACUCUCAUGAGAUUAGGAGUUUGGGGUAACUCAGAGUCCUAUGCCAGAGAUAUUAUGGAUAAUUUAGAGCACUGGACGAGGGGUUGGGUUGAGUGGAAUUUCGUGCUCGAUAUGUACGGACAGCCUAAUUGGGCUCAUUUUUCAUCGGAAGCACCAAUUCUGGUGAACUCAACCAGCAAAGAAUACUAUAAAGACCCGAAAUUCUAUAUUUUGGGCCAUUUCUCAAAAUUCUUAGCACCAGAUUCCGUGAGAGUGUCCAUAAAACCCGACAAAACAGUGAAUGACUUUAAUUCGGUUGCGUUCGUCAGACCCGAUAACGCGACGGUUGUUAUCGUAUAUAAUCAGAGAGAUAUUGCCACAGAUUUGAUAAUUAAAGACCAAACUGUGGGACAAAUUAAAACCAAAAUAGAGUCCCGUUCUAUACAGACUUAUAUUUAUUGGAAU